ACAGCCUAGUUAAGAUCAGUUACCCAUCGUUUCACCCUGAAGCCCAGACCGUUUGUUUGAGCUGUCUCACUUUAACUCAAAUAGCAGAGGUUCUCAUUUCAGAUUAGUGAUGAGUCUUGUCAUCUGCGUUUUGCUGAUCACUUCUUGUGUGACUUUCGCCAGCUCCGAAGAGGAGCUCUAUGGAGUUGUCAAUGAUGGUAAGUUCUACGAGCGACAUCCACCUCAAUAUGCCAGCGACAAUUGGCUGGGAUCAGCCACUUUGAUCGGCAGUGGAGAGUGGAACAGCUUCCAGUUUUUGUUCUUCCACCCAGACGGUACUUUAUAUGGUGUUCACAACGACAGGUUCUACAAAGGGCCUCCCCCUAAAGCUACCUGUACCGAUGCUGCUCAGGACUGGAUGAAUACAGCGACUCUUGUGGGCACUGGAGGAUGGCAUGUCUUCCAGUUUCUGUUUUUUGAUCCUGAAGGGACACUGUAUGGUGUUGCCAAUGGCAAGUUUUACCGGCGAGCCCCCCCUACACAUGGCUCAGACAACUGGCUGGGAUCUGCUACACUGGUUGGAAGUGGCGGCUGGCAAGUAUUCCAGUUCUUGUUCUUCGACCCAAUGGGAAUGCUGUAUGGCGUUGAAAACGGCAGGUUUCACAAGAGAGAGCCGCCCACGCAUGCAGGAGACAACUGGCUGGGAUCAGCAACUCUUAUUGGUACCGGAGGAUGGAACCAUUUCAAGCUGCUUUUCUUCCUGAAUGACGGCAAGCUGUAUGGCGUCAACAACGACAAGUUCUACAAGCGUACACCUCCUGUCCGUGGGAACGAUAACUGGCUGGGCUCUGCAGAAUUGAUAGGCUCAGGUGGCUGGUCUGUGUUUAAGUUCCUGAUGGGUCCUCUGAGGCCACCUCCAAGACUCUAUGGAGUUGUCAAUGAUGGUAAGUUCUACGAGCGACAUCCACCUCAAUAUGCCAGCGACAAUUGGCUGGGAUCAGCCACUUUGAUCGGCAGUAGAGAGUGGAACAGCUUCCAGUUUUUGUUCUUCCACCCAGACGGUACUUUAUAUGGUGUUCACAACGACAGGUUCUACAAAGGGCCUCCGCCUGGAGCUACGGGUACCAAUGCUGCUCAGGACUGGAUGAAUACAGCGACUCUUGUGGGCACUGGAGGAUGGCAUGUCUUCCAGUUUCUGUUUUUUGAUCCUGAAGGGACACUGUAUGGUGUUGCCAAUGGCAAGUUUUACCGGCGAGCCCCCCCUACACAUGGCUCAGACAACUGGCUGGGAUCUGCUACACUGGUUGGAAGUGGCGGCUGGCAAGUAUUCCAGUUCUUGUUCUUCGACCCAAUGGGAAUGCUGUUUGGCGUUGAAAACGGCAGGUUUCACAAGAGAGAGCCGCCCACGCAUGCAGGAGACAACUGGCUGGGAUCAGCAACUCUUAUUGGUACCGGAGGAUGGAACCAUUUCAAGCUGCUUUUCUUCCUGAAUGACGACAAGCUGUAUGGCGUGCACAACGACAAGUUCUACAAGCGUACACCUCCUGUCCGUGGGAACGAUAACUGGCUGGGCUCUGCAGAAUUGAUAGGCUCAGGUGGCUGGUCUGUGUUUAAGUUCCUGAUGGGUCCUCUGGGUCCUGACUGAUGAAUAGCCUUCAUAACGACGCCACAGUAGUUCAAAAUGCCGGAUCUUAGAUCACCUGGGAAUUAAGCUAAUGGAUGGAUGAUGGAAAUUGUUUGUUCUCUCUUCCAUUAAUAUAAAACAAGGGGAAUAAAAACGAAAAUACAAUCAAAAGAAA